CUGACAUUCCCAUUCUGCGAAUACGUCAAUUUUCUUGAGAAAUGUAAAAUUAAUUAUUGCAUUUCUGUGCCUGAAAGGAAAUUUUGGAAUCUGAAAGGAUUGAUAUUUAGCUGAAUCGCGCUAAAAGGAAGUGUUAUUGAUAAAUAUUCAAAAUUCCCUGCUUGUCACAUCAUAACAAGGUCUGGGCUAAUUAAUUGGCGUAGAGAAUCUCAGUCAGCGUGCGUGAUCAGUUUCAUUAGUCGAGGAGAAGGAAUACUUUUUUACAGUUGAGAUAAGGAACCUUUUCAGUGCUCGCAUCUCCCAACUUUGCCAAUUUGCAAGACAGCUGGAUAAUCAGCCUGCAUUAGAUCAAAGCCUGUCAGGAUGACGUCAAAAUAUUUAUGGAUUUUGGUGGUUUUAAGUAUGCUGGCCAACCAAACAGAAGGGUGGAGGAGACGACGAAGACGGAGGUGCCCAAGAAUAAACUGUGCCGUCACUACUUUCAAGCAGUGGAGUUCAUGUAGCCAGCCAUGUGGUAACGGAGGGACACAAACUCGUACACGCACUGUAUCAAGGUAUCCUUCAUGCGAUGGGUCCUCGUGUCCUCCGUUGAGAGAGACACGAGCUUGUAAUAGAGGAUGUUCUAAUGGAGGUAUACCCCUAACUGGCCGAUGUCUUUGUAAGAGCGGAUAUGGCGGACAAUGCUGUACUAGAGUUAACGGAGGUUAUUCCACUUGGAGUAAAUGGAGCGCAUGCACCGCUCUCUGUGGAACUGGUAAACAGUUGCGCACACGAACCUGCACAAAUCCGUCUCCAAAAAAUGGCGGCAAAACUUGCUCUGGCUCAUCGCAGCAAGAGCGACCCUGUUUUCUACGCCCCUGUCCAGUGCAUGGCGGUUGGUCAAAAUGGAGUGGAUGGACCUCAUGCUCUCAAACCUGUGGAACCGGUUUUCAAGUGCGUUCUCGAAGCUGCACGAAUCCAAAACCAAAACAUGGCGGGAGACUUUGCACUGGCCUGAAGAGUAAUAAGAGGAUUUGCAGAAGGCAAAGAUGCCCUGUGCAUGGCGGUUGGUCAAAAUGGAGUGGAUGGACUUCAUGCUCUCAAACCUGUGGAACCGGUUCUCAAGAGCGUUCUCGAAGCUGCACAAAUCCAGAACCAAAAUAUGGCGGGAGACUUUGCACUGGCCUAAAGAAUAAUAAGAGGAUUUGCAAUAGGCAAAGAUGCCCUGUUAACGGUGGUUGGUCAAGUUGGAGUGGUUGGACCUCUUGCACCAAACCCUGUGGAACUGGUUCCCAAGAACGCGCCAGAAGCUGCACAAAUCCUCGUCCACAACAUGGUGGCAAAUCCUGCUCAGGGUCCGCCAAGCUGGAACGAUCGUGUAACCAACAGCCUUGCCCCGUACACGGUGGUUGGUCAAGAUGGAGCGGGUGGACUUCAUGCACCAAAUCCUGUGGAACUGGUUCCCAAGAACGUUUUCGAGGAUGCACUAAUCCUCGACCAAAACAUGGUGGUAGACUUUGCACAGGCCAAACACGUGACAAAAGGAAUUGUAACAAGAAACAGUGCCCUGUUAACGGUGGCUGGUCAAGUUGGAGUGGCUGGACUUCAUGCUCCAAUUCAUGUGGAAAAGGUUCUCGAGAACGCACCAGAAGCUGUACAAAUCCUCGCCCACAACAUGGUGGCAAUUCUUGCUCAGGGUCCGCCAAGCUGGUACGAUCGUGCAAUCAGCAGCCCUGUCCCGUGGAUGGAGGAUGGUCAGGCUGGGGUGUAUGGUCAGACUGCAGCCACCCCUGUGAUGUUGGAGAACAGAGGCGAUCACGAACGUGCACGGCACCGUCCCCUUUAUAUGGAGGAAAAUCCUGUCCAGGAGCAGGGAAUGAGCAGCGGGUGUGCAACACGCAUCCAUGCCCAGUCAACGGAGGGUGGUCCAGCUGGUCUAUGUCGAUGCCAUGCAGUGUGACUUGUGGCAAUGGAGUAGAAAUCGUUUCACGAUCUUGCACAAAUCCUAGGCCUAAAAAUGGGGGAAAGCCUUGCCCUGGAGAAGCAAAGAAGAAGCAGCCUUGCUCGAGAAUUUCUUGUCCAGUCAACGGUGGUUGGUCUGUUUGGUCUAUGUCAAUGCCAUGUAGUGUAAGUUGUGGCAAUGGAACAAAGAUUCUUUCUCGCACUUGUACAAAUCCUGAGCCUAAACAUGGUGGAACGCCAUGUACAGGAAACACACAGAAGAUACAGGCAUGUGUGAGACAUCCUUGUGCAGUUGACGGUGGUUGGUCAGUUUGGAGUGAAUGGAAUUCCUGUAGUAAAUCUUGCGGAACAGGUUUACAAGAAAGGUCUCGGAACUGUACGCAGCCAGCGCCCAUGCAUAACGGAAAGCCUUGUGAGGGGGAACCGUGGGAAAACCGCCCGUGCAAUGUGCAUGCGUGUCCUGUGGAUGGCGGUUGGAGCAGCUGGAGCUUGUGGUCUCGGUGUGACAGAGUCUGUGGCGAAGGCAAGAGACAACGUCUUCGUUCCUGCACAAACCCACCGCCCUCCUCUGGUGGAAAAGGCUGUGGUUCUCACUACUAUGAGUCCAAGGAAUGUGCUGUAAAUAAAUGCCCGGUUGACGGUGGUUGGUCAAACUGGAGUGCAUGGACAUUUUGCAGCCAGUCUUGUGGAACUGGUGUUAAGGAGCGCUCCAGAAACUGCACGCAGCCAGUUCCAAGUCAUGGCGGGAAAAAAUGCCAAGGAAAAGCACAGGAAAAGUAUCAAUGUAACACGCAUUCCUGCCCGGUGCACGGUGCUUGGAGCGUUUGGAGUUCUUGGUCAGCCUGUGGCAAAACCUGUGGAGGAGGCGUCAGAGAACGCACUCGUUCUUGCACAAACCCACCGCCCUAUUUCGGUGGGAAAGGCUGUGGUGCUCAGAACCAUGAAACAAAGGAAUGUGCCAUAAACAAAUGCCCAGUUCAUGGCGGUUGGUCCAAGUGGAGCAACUGGACUGAGUGUAGCGUGACAUGCGGUCCUGGUGUGGUGACACGCGAUCGCCAUUGUAACAAUCCCGAACCAGCCGCCGGUGGCAAACAUUGUAAUGGAACCAAUAAAGAGAGCAAGUCGUGUAGGGCUGAAGGACAAUGCAUAGUCGAGGUCGGCUGUCAUGAGAGCUUUUCUUCGGACAAACUUGCAAGCUUUAAUGAUGAGAUUGACUGGUCCUCUCACAUCUCUUCACAAUUGCGAAAGAUUGUAGCAAAAUGUGCUAAUUUAGCAGUGGAGAAGAAAUACAGAUUCUUCGCAGUUGAGGACUUUGGAAACUGCCAAGGAAGGCAUGUCUUCGUCAGUCGAUCCAAGGCAUCCGGGUGUAAUCAUGGCGUCGGUUUGAAGGGAUAUUACUAUGUCUAUGAAGUCUCUUCGUGAACCUUAGAACGAUAUCAGCUGACAAACUGCGAUCGCUUGGAUUGGUCACUUAUCAGGGUCUAUCAGCGAUUGCAGACGAACGCGGCUUUAGAAGGUGGCUUGCUGUAAUCGCUAAAAAAAGGUUCUCUGAUUUCUGCUUCCUUUUCAUCAGCGACAUUUGUAGAACGUGUCAGCUUGUUUGUGCGCGAUCCCUUGGGCGGUUCACUCACUUGAAAAAUCGGUGAUGUAGGUAAUCACAGGCUUGUAAAAAGUGGUGAUAUCUUCGAAAUCACAGAUCAGUGUUUUUCGUACGAAUUACGAUUUUUUUGGGGGGAGGGGGAAACGAUCCCGUCGAUCGAAACUAUAAUUUAAAAGAUUCAGCGUCAAGUCAUGACGCGUGCCUAAAAAGAAAAUUUCAGCAUCACACAUGAAGAUAGCUAUACACAUCUCUUCAGCCGCCUCGUAUUUUUUUUUCCAUCGUCUUUUUUUGUUUUGUUUUGGUCGGUUUUAUUAUUCAAAUAGUCAAAAAGUCAAACUGUGAAUUCAUUCUAAGACGUUUUUAACCAUUGAAUUAUCCUUCUCUCCGGGUGGUUAUGCAGCCACACCGUGACUCUGAUCAAUUCAAAGGGACCAGGAGAAUUCCAACGCUUUUGGCUUCCUGAGAAAUACAAGAAUUGGUUGUUAAGUAAGAA